CACCUAUAUAUCACACCUCACAAAAUCCUCCAAAAUGGGCACCCUCAGUACAUCCGCCAUCAUCGUCAUCGUCAUCGUCGCCUGCCUCGCCCUCGUCUCGCUGGGCGCCGCCCUCUUCAAGACCUACGGCGGGCCCGAGAAGGAGCGGCCCUACAACUUCUCCCGCGAGCAGGAAUCCUACAUGCGCACCGUGCGCUUAAAGAAUCUGGGCUUCUUCCAGCGCGAGUCCAUGAUGGGGUACCCCGGGGCUGGUGGCGGUGGUGGUGGGAGUGGGAAGGGCCCGGCGGCGCCGGUCGUCCAGGAUGUCGAGUCGGGAUAUUCGGAGAAUGAUUCGUCGCAUUACUAGUUUCCGUCUUUGUUGGCACGACUAUUCCGGAGGGCUCCGGAUCUCGCUUCGAUGAGGACGAUACGAUACCAUUUUGCGAAACCCUCAAAAAAAGCUAUUUGUGAAGAGCGUGGAUAUUAUAUGAAUUGACGAUUAUGGGGGUCUUUUCUUUGAUUUUCUCAAACCAUUCGGGGUUUUAUACUACCACUUCUGCUGGGUCUGAUUUUCCAGCGGUGCUGAGGGGCUGGCGUUUUGAACUUGUCUAUAUGCUUUCUAGAUUAUACCUAUCUGCCGUUCUUGUCAAUCCGACUAUUGUCUUAUAGCUAUUGGGUGUGAUUCCAUGUUCAUUGAGUUUGACGAAGACUGGCAGGUUCAAUCUCAUACCUUGUCACGUCCAAUCAUGGGAAAGUGCUCAUGCUGUGACUUCACAAGCUCAGGAAAGAAUCUCUCUUCCCCCACACCCCCAAAAUCACCCCCUCCAUUCCCUCUCCAGGAAAAUAAUAACUC